UCUGCGCCCCAGGAUGCUGCGGGAUGUGUCUGUCAGCGACACCCGGACUACAGUCCUCGGCACGGAGAUCAGUUUCCCUGUAGGCAUUGCGCCUACUGCCUUUCAUUGCUUGGCAUGGCAUGAAGGAGAAAUUAGUACAGCAAAAGCCACUGAGGCGGUGAACACUUGUUACAUCACCAGCACCUACUCUACCUGCUCAGUGGAGGAGAUUGUGGCAGCUGCUCCCAACGGCUACCGCUGGUUUCAGCUGUAUGUUUACCGGAACCGGCAGAUCUCAGAGCACAUUGUCCACCGGGUCGAAGCACUGGGUUACAAGGCUUUGGUACUUACAGUAGAUGUUCCCUACACUGGGAAAAGGAGGAAUGACCUCCGGAACAAGUUUCGACUACCGCCACAUCUUAAAGUAAAGAAUUUUGAUGGUGUUUUUGAGGAAAACAACUGUCCUGAAGAGUGUGGAAUUCCAGCCAACACUCUAGACCCAUCUAUCAGCUGGAAGGACAUCUACUGGCUGCAGUCCUUGACCCGUCUGCCCAUUGUUAUCAAAGGGAUUCUUACUAAGGAAGAUGCCGAGUUGGCUGUGGAGCAUGGGGUCCAGGGUAUCAUUGUGUCCAACCAUGGGGGCAGACAGCUGGAUGGAGGGCCUGCUACAAUAGAUGCCCUUGCAGAGAUUGUGGAUACAGUGCAGGGUAGAAUUGAAGUGUAUUUAGAUGGAGGAAUCCGCACAGGAAGCGAUGUGUUGAAGGCUAUUGCAGUUGGAGCAAAGUGUGUCUUUAUUGGGAGGCCUGUGGUUUGGGGCCUUGCUUACAAGGGGGAAGAAGGAGUCCGGGAGAUUUUGCAGAUUCUCAAUGAUGAAUUUCGCCUGUCCAUGGCACUGUCUGGUUGCAGAAAUGUUUCUGAGAUCAACAGAAACUUGAUUCAGUUUUCCAAGCUUUAGUCUACAUCCUGCUUCUUAAUCUGAGAAUGCAU